AUGGCCAAAGCUGCAAGCCCAAUGGAUUCCGCUUCAACUUCUUCCUUCAUGACUGCCCUGGCGAAUGAGCUGAUCUUGGACCGGGAUCCGCGCACCGCCAACUGGGUCCUGGCCGGGAACAGAGAGUUCCUCGUCUCCCUGUUCAUGGUCUACGUCUACGUGGUCAAGGUGGCCGGACCCCGAUACAUGAAGGACCGCAAGCCAUACGACGGCAUCAAACCGAUCGUCAACGCCUACAACGCCUGCAUGGUGGUGCUGAACGCCUACUUCAUGACUGCCUUCCUCUCCAGGAGCUACAUGGGAGGCGGCUACAGCCUCUUCUGCCACGGCAUUGACUACGAGAGCCGAGACGAGGUCACCAUGAGCCUUCUCAACCUGUGCUGGUGGUACAUGCUAGUGAGGAUCGCCGACUUCAUGGACACGGUGUUCUUCGUCCUGCGCAAGAAGGACUCGCACGUAUCGUUCCUUCACGUCGCGCACCACAUUCUGGUGGUGUUCAACGGCUGCUACGGCGUCGGCUACGGCCCAGACGGCCAGGCGUUGCUGACCAUUAUACUCAAUUGCUUCGUCCACGUGAUCAUGUACACUUACUACUUUCUCUCCCUGCUGGGACCCGCAGUGCAGAAGCACCUCUGGUGGAAGCGCUACCUGACCCAGGUGCAGCUGGUUCAGUUCUGCAUCAUAUUUGUGCACAUGAUGAUUCCGCUCUUCCACAGCUGUGGUUACCCGAGGCCGCACAUCUACAUCAUGCUGUGCGAGGCGGUCUUCUUCUUCACCAUGUUCGUGCGCUUCUACCUCCAGGCCUACCGGGACAGGCACAACACCAGCAGGAAAAUCGAGGAUAGCGAUCACGCCAAGAGCAAGGUUCACUGA